AGUUUGACACUUAACUAUUCAUUAUAAUAUUCGAACUCGUCGUCCGAUAACAGUAUCAUUUCGUAUGGAUUUUUGUGACGACAGCCAACGUUAAUUUCGAUCAGUGGCGAUAAUAACACAUGAUAACAAUGUUGUCAUUAUGCAGUCGACGGCCGUGGCGUAUUAUAUUAUUUUUCUGGCCUCAAACGGUCGCCCGUGACGACUCAUCACACGACGCGCGUCGACAUCGUACGCCGCCGGCUAUAUUUACGGACAGCUACGAUUGACGGACAUUGAACGAGAAAAAAUCAAAUCACUCCACACCCGCCUACAGUCACCGCGUGGUAUCGUACGACAUAGUUUUUAACAGAAAAUUGACUUCGCCUACGUCAAAGUUAACGCCGAGUGGAGAUCAUCGCGAUGACCGACGCCAAAUCGAAACGUGGCGUGUCGUUGGAGGACCCGCAGCUCAACACCGACUUCACGUACAACUUAGACUCGUGCGUGGUGCAGGGUUCGCGGGAGGACAGGGACACGACAGCCACCGGACAGGGCGUAGUGGAACGCGUGUGGAUCACAAGCCGGCCGCCGAGGCUGGGCCACGGCGUCGAGCCGACGGUCACUGCGCGCCGUACGUACGUGAUGCUCACGUACGUGCAGGGCCAGAUGAUCGACACCGGCGAGAUGAUCUGCAAAAAGGUGUGCACGAUUGGCGGCAAGGACGACUCGGUCAACACGGCCGCCGCUGCCAACCCCAACAAGCAGGCGUCGUCGUGUCCCCGCGGUCAGCCGUGUGACUGACGAGAUCUCUCCGUACCAUGAUAAUAUUUUAUAUAAUAUGAUGAUAAUAGAAAAAUUAUAGUGUGUCGAUAUUAUAAACAAGAAAUAAAAACUAUAAACAUCCGA